AUGAGUUCCACACCUCGCACCACCACUGCCAACACCGACGAUAUCGACAGGAUUGUCAAGGCGAAGAACGAAUGGAAAGGACUCUACGAAUCCCUCGAAGAAAACCCGCACCACGCUACACACAUAAGCGAAGAAGCACGGAGAAGAAAGAGAUUAGAAGAGGACUUGCUCGUACCGGCUCUCAAAACAGCAGCGAAGGACGCGAAGAACGCCAACACGAAGCUGAAGGAAUGGAUAAGCGUAGUAGGCGUUGUGGACGAGUUGUGGAACGCCAGUGCUCUGAGAUAUCAAGUUGGUGAGGCUAGAGAAAAACUGGUCGACGCAGUUUGGGAUCUGGAAGCCACCGUGUACGAAUUGCGGAAAACGCUGAGGUUUGACGGAGGGACAGUACUGAAUAAAGUUAUUGAUCCGUCGGCAGAGGAUAGCUCUGAGGAGGAAGAAUAG